AUGGCUCUCAAGAAACUAUAAGAAUCUAAGCUUGAGGAGCCCCCUGAAUUAACCGAUUAAAAAAUAGCUUUUAAAUCUAUGCUCUCUCAAACUCAAAAUAAAAUGAAGAAAAUUUGGUACCAUUUAUUAGAAUCAAUCAAAUAAAUAUUUGAUAUAAUUGAACAGGAAAAUAAAUCAUAUAUCAAUC